AUGCCACGUUUGUCCCAAGCUCAAGUGGAAGCAGCCGAGAAUGAGCUCUUUACGUAUCAAGAGACUCACUUUGAGCUAUCAGCGCGAGUUGAUAUUUCCCGUCUUUCUUGGGAUCGAAGUUUCAAGCGACAAAUGGAUGAUCGUCAAAAUGUGACUAGACUUGAGAAAAUCAUGGAUAUCCAAGGUUGCCAGCGCUUGAAGAAGGAGUGUCAUGUGCCAGUUCUAGUUCCUGCAGCAGACUGGGGCAAUCGUGUCCGUCCGCGGCAAUUAGACGGUACUUGUACUUGGUUGGACGUGGAUAUUGACUAUGAGCUUCGCGCUCAAGAUCAUGAGAACCUCAUCACAGCUGCCCGCAAUAAGCUUAGGCCUCCGCGGAAUCAGUGGUGGAUUGUCGAUGUUUACGUAACAGACCGGCAAGCCACCAACAUAGAAAACAGUGACUCUCUCCAGGACAAAUUCAUUAGGUCUCUUCAAGAACGCUUCCCAAACGAUCAUACGCCGCCAGAUGGCCUGAUUUAUCAGCGCAUCCGUUAUUACGGUCGAUUAAUCGACCAUGAAACACAUCCAGAUCGCUUGUGGGCUGUUAUAGCAUCAAAUCACUGGUGGGCUAUUUUGGAAAAGACAGACGGGAGCAAAAAAGGAAAGUAUCUUAGAGCAUUUCUGAAACACCAGAGCCUGCCCCAGGCUUUUGAUGAUCUAUUGCCAAUACCAGGCAUCUGGGAGGGUAUGCGAAUCGGGUUACUCCACAAGGUGACUUCGAUGCGAUGUGACGAGCCUAUUAUGAACUACUUGCGCCUCAUCGGCACAACUUUCUCGUACUUGAUGGGAGGAGACGACUAUUUACCUCUGGUAGAUGGCGUGAGCGUAAAGUUACUUCAGUCUCGAGCACCCAAAGUAUCAGCAAAAGACUUGGCUUUUCUCAAGACUCGAAUGGAAACAGGCGAACUUUUCAAAGAGAUUGAGAAUGAAGCACGGCGUUGUGAAAUAUGGAACCGACUCGAGGGUAUUGAUUAUCCUAUUCCGACACUGAAAACAUUUUUUAAAGAUAGGCUGUAUCUCGAAGUUGGGCGAUCUGUGAUGCAACAGCUUUUCGUUCCUAAUCCUGAGCGAAAGCUCACAAUCGAUGAAGCUGUGGGGGAGCAUUGGGGCACAGCUGUUCCCAUGCCGACCCCUUUCAGGCAAGAAAUGAUUCGUCCCGACCUUUACGAACUCUGGCGGUUUAGUUUUCAAUACGGCUUUGAAAUGACUGACCAUAAGCGACGCGUGAUUCGCCCGAAACCUGGGAAUAGUCGUCCUUCCCUGAGAAGUAUGACAGAAAGGCCGGCAACAAUAAAUCGGGCGGUGCUUUGGGGGCACUUUUUUUGGCUUGCCGGACAGAGAAAUAUCUGGCCCCCUUUGGCUGGUGGCUUUCAAGCACAGGAAGCCAAUCUACCUGCACCGCUAUCACAGGACUAUCCCGAAAAUGAGGAAGAGAUUCCGAUCGCACAGCGAUGUGGUAAGCCAUUUAUGUACUCGGUAGAGGCUGAUCGCUAUGCCUUGACACAAGAAUCAUUGGAGCAGACUUGGACAACCCCUCGUAUUACGGCAGGAUUCAUCAGCAGAUCUAUAUUCUCGGCUUUUUUCGGAUAUCUCAAUCCUAAUAGACAUAGUACGCAGGAUUGCCCUACUGAAUCGAACAAUACAGCCACCGAUAAUGCCCUGCAUAGAGAUGAUCUCUCAUCAGACAUAGCAGUCGAUAUGCCAAAUGAGAUGCCUCACAAUCCACCGAAUGAUCAUUCAGAAGGCCACUCAGACCCUAUGACAGAUGUCUACUCAGCACAGGAGUUCAAUCCUCUCAUAGCCUCGCAACAACUAUUGUGGGAGAACCAGCAGCCUCCCUUCUUUGCCAUAAACGUUUCAAUACCAGGAGAGCCCAUUCGAGAGCUGAGACUGCCAAAUGAGCAACAGACUCUGAGCAACUUUUUUGGUGGGCUGGAACGACAUCGGUUUCACAUAUAUAUCCCAGGGGAGGACCGGAGAGCUCUUCACGCCGAUUGGUGUUACUCAGUUUAUGAGCGUAAUCCGCAACAACUGUUACAUGCUGACUUUCUUCCGGAAUGUUCCUUCGAGCAAGUCGGCUCUACAGCCUCUGGGUACACGACAAGAAAGAGGAGACGAACGGACGGUAUUGCUGAAUUGGAAGCUGUUAAAUCUUGGCUCCAGGAACAACUCGCAGAGCUGCAAGCCUGUAACAAUGCGAUGCAAGUUCCCUUUCAAUUUUCUCUAGACGAAAACACAUUGGAGGAUAUAUGA